AUGGCAUCACGAUCUAGGAUGUUAGUUCAAUUAGCUACAGGUGUUAAAAAUAAUUUAAGUGUACAACUAAGUAAUUCAAACUCUCAGAUAGAUAUUUUAACACAAGACGAGAAUGAAAAAGCCAAAAGUUCGACCCAUACAUUGCAGACAUCAAAAGAAUUUUCAUUCAUUAUUUCAAUUCCUUUUGUAGACAAAGACAUUGCAUUAAAUUCCAUCCGACCUCGUAGUAAUUCGACUAGUAGCAGCGGUUCCUCUAGUUCUAGCAGUUCUUCGAGUUCUAGCAGUUCUUCAAGCAGUGGCCAAUCAAGCGACGUCUCGGUAAAGGAUCCUGAUUAUGAAGCCCAACCAACAAAACAUGCUGAGUAUUCUUCUGAUACUGCCGAGGAACAAAAUAUCACUACCAACUAUACAAAUAUUUCGGAUGAUCAUAAUUUGGUAACAUCUAAUAUGGUUUCAAUAAACAUUGAAAACUACGAGGAACCACUUUCGUCUACAAACGAACAUGUGAACUUUCUGCGAUUGAAAACGUAA